UAUUAAAAUGAAAUUGAAAACAUUGAUAACUGCUCGGGAAAAAUGGCUGAUAAACUCAUUUGUUUUCCCUGCACCUCCCCCCGCUUUGAGAACCAUGAUCAUUUCCAAUUUUUAAAACAAAUCUUCGACCAAAAGACACACUAUCAUCAUCUGAUCCCCUGCAGGUGUCUCUCAGUGUCUCUCAGUGUCUCUCUCUCAGUGAAUACUUUUCUUUGUGAAAAACAUUCCUUUUCCUGCAACAGUUUAAACAACAUUUUUCGACACAGUUCUCCAGCUUCUCUUCAUUACCCAACGUCCGACCUCUAUCCUUAACAUCUCAGAGUCUUCUCACUCUUCCUCUCUUCUCUUCAAAUUCCUAGGUUCUCCCUCCCCUCUCCUCCCUCCCCCCUCCUCCCACCCCCUUCUCCAAACACUGAUCUCAGAUUAAGUUGAACACUAUCCCAGGUGAAGUUCGCACCUGCCUCUUUAGGGGCAAAGCUCUUUCCGCCGCUCGAACCUGAGCUUUCCUAACAGUCCAGAUUUUUCUCAGCGUCAUCACUGUUCGAUUCCAUCCGCAGCAGAACUCUGGAUUUUUACCACCACGGUGCUGUUCGCCCUGGAACUAAACGAGAGAGUCUCCUUUCAACUGGACGGCGUAGAGUAACUCAUUUCCAACGAACUGUCUUCUCCUUUUAGCAGGUGUCACCUCGUCUGCCUCCUUUGACGCCCUCUGUUGAUGGUUUCCUGUUGGAUGGGACUGGUCUGUGAGGAGGUUGCUAGGUUAGAGUAGUCAGGUGUUCGAUGUCCGUCAUCUGAACGCAGAAUGGUCGGACCAAGCUGUACAGUCAUUCUGUUCCAUGUCUUCAGCAUCUUUGCACAAAUUGGAGCAAACUCUCAGGAUGUCCUGUAUCCAUUUGGACCCAGCCACAGGGACCUAGAAACCCCCAAGAUGGACGAUGGGAGUUCGCCUGAGAUUUUUUUGCUCAUGCCUUUUGUUUUCUUCAAUAUUCCCUACCGUUCCAUCUACGUCAACAACAACGGUGUGAUCUCCUUCAGCGUGCAGGUCAGCCAGUUCACACCAGAGGCAUUUCCACUCAGUGACAGCAGAUCCUUUAUCGCUCCUCUUUGGGCGGACGUGCACAACGGUAUCCGUGGAGAUGUCUACUACAGAGAGUCCACCGAAGCAGAAAUACUAGAGAGGGCGACGCAGGACGUGAGAAGACAUUUUAAAAACCUGCCAACCUUCACAGCCCACUGGGUCUUUAUAGCCACAUGGCAUCAAGUCACCUUCUACGGAGGAAGCCAAACCACGCCGGUCAAUACAUUUCAAGUUGUGCUAAUCUCCGAUGGCGUGGCAUUCUUCAGUAUGUUUAACUAUGGAGAAAUCACAUGGAGCACAGGAACGGCCAGUGGUGGAGAUCCAUUAACAGGCCUGGGUGGGACCACAGCUCAGUCAGGUUUUAACGGUGGAGACAUUGGUCACUUCUUCAACCUGCCAUGGUCAAGGUCAAAUGAUGUGGUAAACAUCGAACAAUCAACCAACAUCAACAUCCCUGGGCGUUGGUUCUUCCGCGUUGACACUGACCAGAUAGAUCCUGCCAAUGGCUGCAGCCACAAUGGUCGAUAUUACAGACGGGGUGAAAACUUCUGGUUGUCCGACCUCUGCUUGCAGCGAUGUCGCUGCCUGGACAUUGACAACGAGGUCCAUUGCCAAGAAGCUCCAUGUGGGCAGUUGGAAACCUGCGAGCAGCAGGAAGGGGCCUUUUACUGCCAGCCAACUCGCACCAGCACCUGUGUGGUGUUUGGUGACCCUCAUUACCACACCUUCGACGGCCUUCUCUAUCAUUUCCAGGGGACGUGUUCUUACCUGUUGGCUCGGCCUUGCUGGGAGUUGGCAGGGCUUCCAUUCUUCAGCGUCGAGGCUAAAAAUGAGAACCGUGGGAUGGCCUCAGUUUCCUGGCUCAGAGACGUGACAGUGGAAGUCUACGGUCAUCGAGUCACGUUGCCAAAAGGCAGUUUUGGAACAGUUCAGGUGGAUGGCCUGGUGAAAACGCUACCAGUCCAGCUUCAGCUCGGUGCCAUCAGGGUGUAUCAAUCUGGGGUUGCCGUUGCCUUGGAAACAGACUUUGGACUAUUGGUAACAUACGAUGGCCAACACUACGCCUCCAUCUCCUUGCCCAGCUCCUACUUCAACAACACAUGUGGCCUUUGUGGCAACUACAACGAUGACCCUGCCGACGACCCUGUGCUACCCGAUGGAUCCUUAGCAGAAAGCGUGGUUGAGUUGGGAGGGGGGUGGCGAGCCGAGGACACAGACUGGAGGUGCACAGAUGGCUGCACCCAGAACUGCAGCGUGUGCGAUCCUAUCACGGAGGCCUUCUAUUUCCGUCAGGACUACUGUGGGAUCAUCAACAGAACUGACGGACCCUUCAGGGACUGUAGGGCCGUGGUGGACCCCACCGCCUUUGUGUACAGCUGUGUUUACGAUAUGUGCAGCAACAAGGACAACAUCACCACACUGUGUCAGGCCGUCCAGGCCUACGCCCUGGCCUGUCAGGCUCUGGGGGUCACCAUACGUCCCUGGAGAUCUCUCAACUUCUGCACUUUGUCCUGUCCCGAGAACAGCCAUUAUCAAGUCUGUACAAGUGCCUGUCCGGCCUCCUGCUCUGACCUCACAGCCCCACUUUACUGCGUCCAUCCUUGCACUGAGGGUUGUCAGUGUGUCCAAGGCUUCGUUCUCAGCGGCAGCCGUUGUGUACAGCGUGAGGACUGCGGCUGUGACUACAACGGCCUCUAUUACCCCCUCAACGAGACUUUCUGGGGAGGGUCCAGUGGGGAGGAAGGUGAAUGCAGCCAUCGCUGCACCUGCGGGCCUGCUGGAGAAGUGUCCUGCGUUAAUGCCUCCUGUAAGGAAGGGGAGGUGUGCGUGGCAGAAGUAGGGAGGCUGGGCUGUUAUCCUCGGAGGGAAGGAGUUUGCACAGUCACACAGAACUCCGUGACAUCAUCCUUUGAUGGCACCUUCCUGACGUUUCCGGACGACAGCUCUUACUACUUGCUUAAACUGUGUGGUGCAGUGCCCGCUAAUGGCUCGAUGGUGGAGGUGAAGAUAGGCCGCAAGCUGGUCAACAAAGGCCCUGCCUGGAAAAGACCUGUCAUAGUUACAGUGGCCAACAUGGAGGCUCAAAUAGGAGGCACAGAUUUUAAUAUAGUAAAGGUCAAUGGUGAACAGGUGAUGCUUCCGUUUAUCCAUCCCAUGGAGACCAUGAUGAUCUACAAAGCACCGGGUAACGCCACAGUCGUAGAGUCGCGUGGCCUCCUGAUGGUCCGCUACACCCGCCAGGGAUCCCUCAACAUCUCCCUCUCCACCUUAUACUACAACGUUACCUGUGGUCUGUGUGGCGUCUUCAACAGCAAUGCCACAGACGAUCUCCGCCUCCCUAACGGACGGCUGGCAGAGUCUAUUGAACAGUUUACAGAUGGCUGGCGCUCCAUCGCGGACGACCUCACGUGUAACGGUGACUGUGACGACCUGUACCGAAUGUGCACCGACCUGCGUAUUUACCAGAGUCCUUACAUGUGCGGUAACAUCAACGACCCCGGGAACAGUUCCUUCCUGGCGUGUCACGCUGUGGUCAACCCCUCGCCGUUCUUUAGGAACUGUUUGUAUAACAUGUGCGUGAAGGAAGGGAACCGUUCAGCUUUGUGUUCCUCGCUGCAGGCCUACGCCACCGCCUGUCAGGAUGCUCAAAUAGGCCUCACAUACUGGAGGAGCGCAACAAACUGUCCUCUUCCCUGUCCAGAGCACAGUCAUUUUGAUGAAUGCACCACUGCCUGCCCUCUGACCUGUACCAACCUGUAUGUGCCUGAAGAGCCGUGUCCUUUCCCAUGCCAGGAGGGUUGCCAGUGCGAGGAUGGCUUUGCGCUGCGUGACGGACUGUGUGUGGCUCGCAGUGACUGUGGCUGCAUUAGCCACGGACGCCAUUUCGCCACCAAUCACACUUUUUGGACCGACUGGGAAUGCCAGCAGCGCUGCUACUGCAACGGCUCCGACAACAGUGUCUACUGUCGACAUGCACCCUGCCGCCCAGAACAGUUCUGCCAGGAAAACAAUGGCAUGUAUUACUGUGUGCCGCGUACCGAGGCCCUGUGCAUAGCAGCCGGGUACGGACAUUUUCUGCCAUUCAAUGGGGCAUCGUUUGAGCUGCAGAGCUCAUGUAGUCUUAAAAUGGCCACCACCACCAACUGUGCGAGAGAACACAUGAACACCGCAGGCGUUUCUGGAGGAUUUCCUCCAUUCAAACUUUCCGUCCGCAAUGAGGACAGGGACACGGGACAGGCGAUUUGGGUGAGAGGCUUCGUCCUGGAGGUGUACGACUAUGACAUUGAGGUGUUGAGAACCUACAAAAAUACAGUUACGGUCAAUAAGGAACGUUUGUACAUUCCUCUGAAACUGGGAUCAGGAAAAGUCAACAUCACAACCCUGGGUUUGCAGCUGACUGUGGAGACAGACUUUGGCCUGAAGGUGGCGUUUGACUGGAACACACUCCUCUUGCUGACAUUGCCUCGAAACCUCUACAACACCACCUGUGGCCUUUGCGGGUCAUUGCCCACAUCCGUUCCGGCGCUCACGCCCACCGAAUGGGGCAUGACGUGGGCAGAGAGGGACACCUUCUGCCAGGUGGGCUGCGGAGACUCGUGCCCACGCUGCGGCCUGGGAGAGAAGAGUCUGCAGAGUGACAGCCCAGCCCUCAUUGACACGGGAGACGAUAACGGGGCAGCGGGGGAGGUGAACACCGGCAUACGUUUCCACAUCGGAAAUGGACUGUAUGUGUUUGUGGAGCCGGAGGCCGUGAGGCUGUGUGGCCUGAUUGCAGAUAGAGGAGGCGUUUUUGCACGCUGCCACAGCAAGGUGGCGCCAUCUUUCUUCUAUCAAAGCUGCUUGCAGGACACCUGUUUGGAUCAGGGCGCUCAGGAUACCAUCUGUAACUGGCUGCAGAUCUACGCCAGCACCUGUCAGACCCAGGGCGUACCGGUUACUGGGUGGAGGAGGGAGACGCCAUGUGUUCAGAGCUGUCCACCCAACAGCCGUUAUUCUAUCUGUGUGCCGGUGUGCCCACCUCAGUGCGCCCCCGCCCGUGGCCAGAGAGACUGCAGCCAGGACUGUGUCGAGGGCUGCCAGUGUGAUCAGGGCUACGUGUUAAACGGCAAGAAUUGCAUCCUGCCUCAAAACUGUGGCUGCUACACCGACGGGAAGUACUAUGAGCCCAAACAGCUGUUCUGGAACAGUGACUGUACCAAGCGCUGCCACUGCAUCGGCAGAAACCUGGUCCAGUGUGACCCCAGGCGCUGCAAGGCAGAGGAAGAGUGCACCCUCCGAAAUGGAGUGCGCGGCUGCUUCGCACGACGCCUGCAGCACUGUGUGGCGUCCGGCGGUGGGGUCUUUAGAACCUUCGACGGAGCUUCUCUGAGGCUUCCAGCCUCCUGCUCCUUCGUCUUAUCCACCAACUGCCACAAGCUGCCUGACCUCUCCUUCCAACUCAUCGCCAACUUUGAUAAGUGGAGCACGCCCAACCUGACCACCAUCUCUCACGUCUACCUCUACAUCAAUGAGGAGAACAUACUCAUCUCUGGCAGCACUGUCAAGGUUAAUGGUACACCCGUUUCAGUACCAUUCCUCACAGGCCUAAUGACACGCCUGACAACAUCUGAGGGUUUCAUCGUCAUCGACACACCCCUUGACAUCCAGGUUCGAUACAACCGCUUUAACACCCUCAGCAUCAUAAUGGGGCAAAGGCUUCAGAAUAAGGUCUGUGGCCUUUGUGGCAAUUUCAACGGAGAUCCAAGUGAUGAUUACAUCACUUCAAGAGGGAAACCGGCGCUCAGCGCUCUGGAGCUGGCCCAGAGCUGGAAGACCAAUGGAAUGCAGAACAGUUGUGAUGAGACCCAAUAUGUGGCUCUGGCUCAGUCUUGUGAAAACACAGCUGUGGUUGCGCUGCAGAGUGAGGGUGCAUGUCAGAAACUAACCCAGCUGAAGGGCUUCUUCCAGCCUUGUCACGGCCUUCUGGAUCCUCGGCCCUUCUAUCAGUCCUGCUACCUGGACGGCUGUUACAAUCACCACAAAGCUCAGGUCUGCGGCUCGUUGGCAGCCUAUGCUGAGGCCUGCCGCUCACUGGGAACCCUUAGCACCAAGUGGAUUGCCCAAGAAAACUGCUCAGAAUGGAUCUAUGACCCCUGUGCAGGAGAGAUUUGCACAAACUUCACUUGUGAGCUGGAGAAUGGAGGGGACCUGUGUGGCUGUCCAGAAUUACCAACCACUACUGGCGGUGACGAUGACAUCAUUCAAGCCGAGGUGACAUGCAAACACGCCCAGAUGGAGGUUUCCAUCUCCAAGUGCAAGCUUUUCCAGCUGGGCUUCGAGCGCGAAGACGUGAGAAUUAACGACGAGCACUGUGCCGGCAUUGAGGGCGAGGACUUUAUCUCCUUCCACAUCAACAACACCAAGGGACACUGUGGCUCCAUUGUACAGUCAAAUGGAACCCACAUUAUGUACAAAAACACUGUGUGGAUCGAGAGUGUGAACAACACUGGCAACGUCAUCACAAGAGACAAAACCAUAAAUGUGGAGUUUUCCUGCGCCUAUGAGUUGGACCUAAAGAUCUCCCUGGACACUGUCCUCAGGCCCAUGCUCAGUGUGAUAAACCUGACCUUGCCGACCCAGGAAGGAAACUUCAUCACUAAGAUGGCUCUGUACAAGAACGCUUCAUACCGGCAUCCGUACAGGGAGGGCGAGGUGGUGCUCAGCACGCGGGACAUCCUCUUUGUUGGCGUCUUUGUGGAAGGGGCGGAUGAGAAUCAACUUAUCCUCAUAGUCAACAUGUGCUGGGCCACGCCGUCCCGCUACAGCAGUGACCGGCUCCGCUACAUUAUAAUAGAGAGAGGGUGUCCAAACAUCAAGGACAACACCAUUGGCAUGGCAGAGAAUGGAGUGUCCCUCACUUGUCGCUUUCACGUCACUGUCUUCAAGUUCAUCGGGGAUUACGACGAGGUUCACCUGCACUGCGAUGUUUCCCUGUGCGACUCGGACACAAACGCCUGCAAAGUGAAUUGUCCUCACAAGAGAAGAAUGUACUCAGAAGAAGGCGAUCAUAAGGAGCACAUACUGUCGGUGGGGCCAAUAAGACGCAGAGAAUCCGAUUGGUGUGAAGACAACAACGGAGGCUGUGAGCAGAUCUGCACUAGUAAAGGUUCUGGAUCAGUCUGCAGCUGUGUGACUGGGAUGCUGCAAAGGGAUGGGAAGAGCUGUCGAACCGUAAAUUCGAGCUCUGACAUUACACAAGUGGUUCCUCUGCUGGUGGUCAGCGCCGCCGUCUCCCUGCUCCUGGCUCGUACCCAUGUUCCUCUGUUCUCUUAACACUGAUACUUCAGGAGAACCCUUAUAGAAACUGACAUCAGAGAGCUGACAUCAUGCAGCAACUGCGGCUCAAACAAUGUGUCAUUCUGUUAAUUUUAAGUCCAAACAAAGGAUUUCAAACACCGAACGUGUGACAAGAUAAUGUGUGCACUUAUUAAGUGAAGACAAAGUUGUUGUACAGCUCAUGUGUGCCACUGCGAGAGAUACACAUUCUGUUCAUGGACUUGAGUGUCAUACGAGCCCCACAAAUUCCCACAGCUUAACAUUCAAUUCCAAACACAAGUGAAUGUUCACUCAAAACGUUUUGUAAAUUAAAAUCUCUACUGGCGACAUUUUUCACCUAUUAGACCUUCUUUUGUCCCCUUUUCUUUGUACAAAUGUACAGUCUUUAUCAGUUCAGUGGUCUAUGUCUUGAUUGUUGUUAAUCAUCAGUGUGAUUAUUUUGUGUGUGUGUGCGCGUGCGUGUGUGCUGUUGUGUAACCUGUGAAAGCAGAAUCGCCAAUGAAAGAACCAUCAAUAAAAACGGAUGUUCCUCUCAAAGGG